AUGAAGGACUCGUCUGAGUAUUCAAAAGACGAGGGGGAACUGGGGAAAGCUUGCGCCCAUCGCAUUCGAAUAGGCAACACACUCAUAGCUUUACUCGUCCCAAUACUAGUGGCUCUUUUACUAUGGACGCAGAAAUCAGUAAUCGAGCGCGUUCAGCAAUGCUCUGUCGAUACAAUCCAUCGGGAUACCUCGUUCCUCCAUGACGCGCAGCCCAUCACGUCCCACGAGUUCAUCAAUCGUCGGAAUAGACUGGCGAAGGCACUCGCGGCUUCUGGAGUUGAUGGCUUUGUCUUGGAACCUGGCUAUACCUUUGCAUACUACGGCAACAUUUCUCAAACGUCAUGGGAGCCUUGGGAACCCGAGGAACGCCCCUUUUUGAUGAUUAUCGAGCCGAGAGUCGAAAAAGAUGGACAGAUCCAUGCCAGAACCUCAUUUUUGAGCCCCAAAUUUGAAGAGGGGAGGGUCAGAAUGCUGGGGAUACCCUCAGAGGAGAGCUUGAACAUCGUGACUUGGGAAGAACAUUGGAAUCCGUAUCAAACUCUGAAACAGGGACUAUUUUCCCAUAAAAAAGACCCAUUAAUCAUGGUUGAUGAAGAGAUGAGGGAUUUCAUUGUCCGGGGUCUGUCGAGCAACGGCUUUAACACCGUAGGGCUGGACAGUGAAGCCGAAGCCGUUAGGCAGAAAAAGAGCUCCGCGGAGAUCGAAAUCCUUAGAGCCGUUAACACUGGGACCGUGGAAGCAGUAAGAGCAGUCCGAAGCUGUCUUGUUCCGGGCCUCACUGAGGAUGAAGUUAUGACUGUCCUCGAUAACACCUUACUGUCCAUCGGAUUCUCUCUUUUCUUUGACCUUGUGCUCUUUGAAGAGAACGCCGCACUUCCCCAUGGAGGCUUUGUGACAGGAGACAAGGUUCUGGAACAGGACACGAUGGUUCUGAUCGAUGUCGGAGCUCACUAUCUUGGUUACUCGUCAGACAUCUGCCGUUCGUUCUUCAUUCCUCCCCUCAAGGCUUCCAGAGUCGAAGCUUUUUACGCUCUUUUUACCCCUGGUUGGUUCUCAUCUCCCAAGCGCAAUUCCAGCCUCCGCGAAGAAAAGUUGAAAGUCUGGCAGCUAGUAUUGGACGCCCAGAGCGCCGCUGCAGAGACGUUCAUACCUGGAAACAGGGCAAAAGACGUCGACAUUGCAGCUCGUGCUAUCAUAACCCAGUCUGGAUAUGGAGCCAUGUUCACUCAUCGUGUGGGCCAUGGAAUCGGAAUCAAGGCGCACGAAGCACCCUACCUACAUCAAGGUAAUAAUCAGGUGCUUCGCGCUGGUAUGACGUUCACCAAUGAACCAGGCGUUUACCUGAUUGGGAGAUUCGGUAUACGUCACGAGGAUGUCUUCCUUGUCAAGCAAAAUGGACCGCCUGAGGUUUUGAGUGGCCGACGAGCAACUGGUCCUUACGAUCCAUAA